AUGUCAGGAGACUACGAGGAUGACCUCUGCCGUCGGGCACUCAUCCUGGUCUCGGACCUCUGUGCGCGGGUCCGAGAUGCCGACACCACUGACAGGUGCCAAGAGUUCAACGACCUGCGAAUCAGAGGCUAUCCCCGGGGCCCCGAUGCAGACAUCUCCGUGAGCCUGCUGUCGGUCAUCGUGACGUUCUGUGGCAUUGUCCUUCUGGGUGUCUCCCUCUUCGUGUCCUGGAAGCUGUGCUGGGUGCCCUGGAGGGACAAGGGAGGCUCAGCAGUGGGCGGUGGCCCCCUGCGCAAAGACCUAGGCCCUGGGGUCGGGCUGGCAGGCCUGGUAGGCGGCGGUGGGCACCACCUAGGGGCUGGCCUGGGUGGCCAUCCCCUGCUGGGGGGCCCACACCACCAUGCCCACACUGCCCACCAUCCGCCCUUCGCUGAGCUGCUGGAGCCGGGCAGCCUAGGGGGGUCGGACCCCCCAGAGCCCUCCUACUUGGACAUGGACUCGUAUCCAGAGGCUGCAGCUGCUGUAGUAGCCACUGGGGUCAAACCAAGCCAGACAUCUCCUGAGCUGCCCUCUGAGGGCGGCGCAGGCUCUGGGCUGCUCCUGCUUCCCCCCAGUGGUGGGGGCUUGCCCAGUGCCCAGUCGCAUCAGCAGGUCACAAGCCUGGCACCCACCACCAGGUACCCGGCCCUGCCCCGGCCCCUCACCCAGCAGACCCUGAGCCCCCAGCCGGAUCCGGGCAGUGAGGAGCGGCCGCCCGCCCUACCCUUACCCUUACCAGGCGGUGAGGAAAAAGCCAAGCUCAUCGGACAGAUCAAGCCGGAGUUGUACCAGGGGACUGGACCCGGCGGCCGGCGGGGCGGCGGGGCCCCAGGUUCCGGAGAGGCCGGCGCGGGGGCGCCCUGCGGCCGCAUCAGCUUCGCCCUGAGGUACCUCUACGGCUCCGACCAGCUGGUGGUGCGGAUCCUGCAGGCCUUGGACCUCCCGGCCAAGGACUCCAAUGGCUUCUCAGACCCCUACGUCAAGAUCUACCUGCUGCCUGACCGCAAGAAAAAGUUUCAGACCAAGGUACACAGGAAGACCUUGAACCCCGUGUUCAACGAGACAUUUCAGUUCUCCGUGCCCCUGGCUGAGCUGGCCCAGCGCAAACUGCACUUCAGCGUCUAUGACUUUGACCGCUUCUCCCGGCACGACCUCAUCGGCCAGGUGGUUCUGGACAACCUCCUGGAGCUGGCUGAGCAGCCCCCCGACCGCCCGCUCUGGAGGGACAUCGUGGAGGGUGGCUCGGAAAAGGCAGAUCUUGGGGAGCUCAAUUUCUCACUCUGCUACCUCCCCACGGCCGGGCGCCUCACCGUGACCAUCAUCAAAGCCUCUAACCUCAAAGCAAUGGACCUCACCGGCUUCUCAGACCCCUACGUGAAGGCCUCUCUAAUCAGCGAGGGGCGGCGUCUGAAGAAGCGGAAAACCUCGAUCAAGAAGAACACGCUGAACCCCACGUACAACGAGGCGCUGGUGUUCGACGUGGCCCCCGAGAGCGUGGAGAACGUGGGGCUCAGCAUCGCGGUGGUGGAUUAUGAUUGCAUCGGACACAACGAGGUGAUCGGCGUGUGCCGCGUGGGUCCCGACGCCGCCGACCCCCAUGGCCGCGAGCACUGGGCCGAGAUGCUGGCCAACCCGCGCAAGCCCGUGGAGCGCUGGCACCAGCUGGUGGAGGAAAAGACUUUGACCAGCUUCACAAAAGGCAGCAAAGGAUUGUCAGAGAAAGAGAACUCAGAGUGA